GCUAGUGAGAAGACAGGAUGUCGCCUGAGAGGAGACUUCCUUGAACAUAACGUCAACUUCCACGUCAAUGGGACUUUCAAUGGUUUGUCUGUACAGAAUAUCUUCUGGGUAUUUCCUAUAAAUUGUGGUAAGAAUAACUACAUUUUUUAACAGUUAAAAAUACAUGUUUGCGAUAUAUCCUCAUGGAAUGACCCGAAAACCAUUCCAAAAAUUACAUAUUCUUUGAAUUCUAAAACUAUUUAUCAAAGGAUACCAACUAAUCAGUAAUUUCAUGAUACUACCAAACACUCAAGUAUUCAAUAAUUGUAUAUUACCAAUACUCUCAUUUAUCUAAGGUUAUAUUGUAUGUCCGAUUCUCUUCAGUCAAGCCCCCGGCCCCUAGGGUUAAGAUCACAGAGGAAGGGAAGGAUCUCAUUCUGAGCUGGGACCCUCCGGACUUAGCCGCUCACCACUGCUGGGUUUACAUCUUAAACUACAGCAAGUGUCAAGAGUCUCUGGUAAGCCAUGGAUGUGUGGAUAUUUUUUAUUUAUAUAACCUUUUAUUUAUCCAAGCAAGCUAGUUCUGAACAGAUUCUUAUUUACAAAGACAACCUGGCAAGUGCAGAUGUUUUCUGUUGUUGCACUUCCCAGAAGAGUUUUCAAUAGUUUCAUAUUUAAUUUAAGCGUUUGGUUAUUUAUGGUUCACUCGGCCAUUGUUUUACAGGUUAGUCUCACUGAGAUAAAAUCUAGUUUGCAACAGAGACCUGAUGUUCAAAACCUGUGUAUGUAAUAAUGCUGAAUGAUUCAUAAACAAAUAAACAGAUAACGAGGCCUAAGUUUAUCUGGCUACAGACAGUUUAUAGGUCAGAUGAAGGGUUGGGUGUUCAGGUAUUACACCGAUGGAAAUACAGCUUUAGUCACUGGAACAUGUUUACACUGCUUUUACAGACCUAAAGGGCCUGGUGUGUGUGUGUGUGUGUGUGUGUGUGUUAGUGAAAUGGUACCAUUAUGUGUGUUUCCUCCAGAGUAAAGAGAUACAAUACCAAUAUGAAAAUGUAGUUGUGGACAUGCCGUACGACCUGAGAUGCCAAUACAGAGUCCAGGUUAAAGCAGUCUAUAAGGAGUCAUGUGGGGCAGGAGAAAGCGACUGGAGCGAUGUGGAACUUUAUGGUACUUUCUCCACUUUCUUUCUCCACACUCUCUCUCUGUCAGGACACAGACAGUGAUAUAAUUAUAUUAACAUUGAAAUAGUUUUAACUUUCCCUGUUUCAAAUAAAAUGGAGGACGAAGAGAAAAAAAGUGUAUAUUAUACCAUUAGUCUAUAGUCUUUAAAAUAGUAUAUGUCAUUAUAAUAGAAUUGUAUACUAUUGACUAAAUGUAAUAGACUUCUAAUCUAAUAGACAAGAUUAGAAUUAGACCCAGUCACUGAUGUUUUGCUUGUGUUCCUUUCAGGUGUGGAGGAUCGUCAUGUUGAUUGGUCGAUGACUGUAGUUGCCAUCCUCAUUCCUGCUGCAGUUGGCCUAUUCAUCAUCCUGUUUCUUUGUUGUUUCAUGAAGUAAGUCAACCUACAUCAUGGGUCUACAUUCUGUGUGUGUGUGUGUGUGUGUGUGUCUUGGAAUCUUGGUGUUUAGAUUGUCUUAAGAGAAAGAUAUCUAGGAAAUGUGUUUUCACUCAAGUAAUUGACAUUUUGGUGAAUAGGGUUUGAAAUUUGCCCUCAUUUUCUUUGGUUCUAUUCCAGGCACAGAAAUAAGCUUUUCCCCGAGAUUCCACAACCCUCAUUGAUUUUCAAGGACAUGGUGAACAGCAAUAAGGAACAGAAGGUGAGAACAGCAACAUCCUAAGGGGCUGGCUGAUGUUGUAGGACUUCACUUACUAGAAAUGAUAACAUCAGCGUAUAGAGUACAUACUGAUAUCGAACUUCCUCUUUUCAAUUAAUCCACGUUGCCCCAUGACCCUCACACACACACACACACACACACACACACACACACACACACACACACACACUCACCCUCAUUCCCUGCCUUCCAGAGCUCCAUAGGGAAUCUCUAUGUCCCGGUAGAGGAGGAGGUGGAAUGUAAGAUCAGCCUGACCCCUGAGAAACUACACACUGACCCAGUAGUGAUUACUACAGUACAGACAGAUACAGCUGCA